AGCAUUUCAUUAGAUGACUGGAAUGUCAAACUGGAUCAAGGGUGGAAUUCAACCUAGCCCUAAAUAGAUUGUUUCAUCAGCACAAGCAUUUCUGCUUGUCUGAUUGAAUAAUCCCCUCCCCCCCCCCCAAUGCUAUUCUGGGAGUUCUCCCAACCUUCCAGAGCAGAUCUGGGAUAAAAGGAGGGAGGAAAGUUUCAUUGUGCCAAUGGGAGCCCUUGCACAGGCUUCCACUAGUGGAAUAGGUUAGCUGAAAACAGCCCAUAGUGUCUUCAAUAGUUACUGCAGCACUUGCAGCAAAUGUGUUCAUCUACAUGUCAGUAAAAACUGUUUUAAAAUGUGGAAUCCUUUAGAUGAGCUGAAAAUUGUUCUCUGUUCUUUGCCUCUCAUCUGGUUCAGAAAAUAAUUUCUUACCUUAAUAAAUGUGCAAGUUUAUGUCUUCUGUUUUCAGUCUACUGUUUCAGGUUGCAUUUGUAUGCAUGUUAAAAGCAUUUGUAAGACAGUUUUGUACACCAUUAAUGGCUAUUCAAAUUUCUGAAAUUUUUAAAUAGAAUGAAGAGUCAAAAGUUAAAAUUCGGAAUUUGUGCUUUGUACCGCUUGAAAUUCCUUGCAGUUUGUGAACAGUUUCCACUCUUGUGAUUCAGAUCUGAAUUGAUUAGAAUGAUUCUUAAUAACAGAGAACACCAAUUGGUUGAAUUAAUACCCUCUGCAUAAAUUAGGGGGUGGGAACAGAUGUUGGUGGAUUACAAAUAUACACAUUCCUUACCAUUGAACUACCAUUGACUGGGGUGAUGGGAAAUAUCAUCCAGUAACAUCUGGAGGCUUGUAGAUUAGCCUGCCCUUUGCUAAAUAGUGUUCUAAGACUUUAGUCCUAUUCACGCUUGCAUGAUCUCUGUUGGAGUAAGCAUACUGUAUGCUGUAAGGCUGCUAUUCUGUGCACACUUACCCAGGAACAAGCCUCACUGCCCAAAAUAACACUUCUGAGAAAAUGCUAAGGAUUUGGGCUGUAAAUGUUUAGCUGCUUUCAGUUGCCUCAGAACUCUUCUUUGAAUUGAGGAAGAGCAAUUCUACUUUUGGGGAAUCUUUUCUCCAGCUUUCUGAUGCACAGAUUGAUAAAGAGAGAAACCUUAACUUGUGCUGUUGUGCUGCUCAUUUUUUGUAGCAGAGAUUAUGCAUGGCAAGUUUCCAGGCCAAAUGCAAGAUGAAUAAACUCCCAAGAAAAUGGAAAUAUUUCAAAUUUUCUAAUUCCAGUUAGUUUUUGUUUCUUUUCAAAAUCAUAGUGAGAUGGGUUGUAAAGAGGCAUUAUGACGAUUUUAGAGAAUAUUUAGCUUGAACGUGUCUGUUUGGUACCCUUUCUUCCUUUUAUCAGUUGUCACUGCUAGCCCUGACCCUUGGCUUUUUAUGGCUAGUUGUCUGUAGAAUAAUAUGUGUGUGUAUUGUUGUAAACUUAUGCAGCCUUUUUGAGCAAAACUUGAAGUGAAUGGGCAGGUAAAGCAAGCUGAACUUGGUAUAUAGAAAGUUGCAAGUUGUUUCUUUCUUCCUGUAACAUUUCAGAUUACAGUGGUGUCUCGCUAGACGAAUUUAAUUCGUUCCACGGGUCUUUUCUUAUAACGAAAAAUUCGUCUAGCGAAUCCCAUAGGAAGGCAUUGAAUUUUUUUUUUGCCCAUAGGAACGCAUUAAUUGAAUUUCAAUGCAUUCCUAUGGGAAACCGCGAUUCGCUAGACGAAUUUUUCAUAAAACGAAUUCGUCUAGCGAGGCAACCUCCACUAGAAAAAACCUUUCGUUAAGCGGAAAUUUUGUUAAGCAGGGCAUUCGUUAAGCGAGGCACCACUGUACUUAGAACAGUGAUAGUCAACAUUGUGCUCUCCAGAGAUUGUUAGACUCCAACUCCCAUAAGCAGCAGCCAGCAUGACCAGUAGACAGGGAUGAUGAGUGUUGUAGUCCAACAACAUCUGGAGGGUUCCAUGUUGGUAUCCCUGACCUGUAUUAUAAUUUAUUUCUAGCAUGCAUCAUGGUUCAUUAUACUUAAAUAACGACAACUGUUUUGUCCCAGCAACCUAGUCUGAAACUCAUUGUGUUGCUUAAGCAUUUCCUGAGUGAGGACACUUCCAGUCUGGUGCCAUUUUCAAGUCUACAAUUCUAUGAUUCUUCUUUUCAAAGCUGUUCCUUUCUGCUUCACUCUGUCUUGGCACAGCCCCAUCCUCACAAAAACAGAGUAUCAAACAAAAAUGAAAUGCCUGUGAGUGAUAGAUCGAAGUAGGGCUUGGCAUUUACUGAGCAAACCAGAACAAUUUGUUUUCAUGAGAUGAAAAUGAAAUGCCUGUGUAAAUAUUAACAUUUGAGAAGUGGUCAGAUUGGUUCAUCACUUACAUACAGAUGCCUCCUUAAACGAUGUCUCUGGCAGAGAUAUUGAUCAGUUGAGAUGUAAACUAUAUUCUUAACAUCCUUAUACCAAAUGAUACCCAAAUUUAAUAUUACCAUACUUAAUUAAGGGAAAUUUAGUAUUCACAACAUUUUGUGGAAAUGUCAUUCAGACCUUUUUUUUAAUUCAUUGAAAAAAUACUACACCAUUGAUUUUUAUUCCCUCUGCUUUGGUCCCUGGAUCCUCUGGGACUGACUUAGAGCCAUAGGAAGGACACAGAGCCAUAUACAUAUGGAUAUUCAAGUUCAUAUGGAGAAACGUGGUUGCUUUAUUAACAGGCUCUCACAGCUUAGAGAUGAAGUAAAAUUCUGCCAAUUUUGCAGAAUCAUAUCCUCAAUGUCAUACAACUUUCCAAGGGGAAAUUACAUCUAUUCACCUUCCACUGCAUUGUAACAUUCCCAGACCCAGUGACAUGUCUCAUUUUUGUAACCACUCUUCAUGUGUUUCCCUCUUUAGAUUGCAAAUUCACUUGUGAGACCAAUUACUUUCUCCUACCCAAAAUGGCAGGCCCCCCCUAUCCACGGUACUUUCAUGGGCUAUCCUAUAAACUUUUUAUUUGUCACUGCUCUCAGAAUAGGUCAUUUUUGGAUCCAUACAUUAUGGAUGAACUAACUUUGCUCCUCCCCACAGUAGUGGUAGCCAAAGGGGCAUGCUGUGUUCUCAGAGGGUAGUUUCAUUUCAGUUCCUUCAACCAUGCUAAGGUUAUGCUUUGGUGUAAUCCAUGUUUACAGAUAGCGGGACAACUGGGUUUACUGAGAACAGCUGUAUUGGUGUUUAUGUGCUGGAAUUUUUCAUUUUCUGUUACAUUCCUCUCAAGAGGGUUUGGUAUCUAGACACUCUACAAGAGUCAUUUGUGCAUAGGUAUUUUUGAUUUGUUAAGUACAAGAAAGACUGAUCAAGUCCUCCAGGAUUGUUACAGACUCUGAGGCAGUACCAUACUUUUUCAAAUGCAAGUAUUGCUAGCUUACUGUGGAAGGAAGGCUGAAUGUAGUCUUGUAAGAGAAAAAUAGAGCUGAUGUUCAUUGGUUCUUGUUCUCAAGCUUUUUUAGCCUCUGACUACUUUAUUAUUAUUAAUCAAAUCAAAGCACAUAGCACAACUCCUAUUUUAAGAGCAUUUUCUUUAGCACUAGCAUAAUCAAAUCAGCGUCAUAUUGUGAAAAUCAUGGAUUUCCCUGUCUGAUAAUCCAGCGGAGUCAAAACAACCUUGAUCUCCAUCAGAAAAAUAGUAAUCAAGUGCAGGACCAAGCACUGUUCUGCAACCGUUUAUGGAUCACCUGAAUUGAGCUUGUGAUUUAUAGGCCACCGUUUGAGGACUUUUACACCAGCUCUUGCCACUAUGGUAUCUGCUUUUCAACACGGGACCUUUUGAUUGCAUUUAAUACAACAAAAACUGAUGUUUGAAGCCGACUUGACACAAUUCUGAUUCUUCAGAACAAUAACUUGGAAGUUAAAAGCUGGCAAUGUGGAUUCAACCCUGACUUAUUGUUACACAUGAUGUGGCAAUGCCCAGUAAUGGCUUUCUUCUUAGAAGAGAUGUGCUUUCAGAUAAAUCAAGUGAAAACUGGUCUAAGAUCUCCUACAUGAACCUCUUUCUGAAAUAUUCAGUGGUCUGAGGCUUUUCAGAAGCCCACAAGAGGUAGAUGUUCAUGCCCUGCUAUUGUUAAAAUUGCUAGUGCUCCAAUACUUGAAGAACAAAUCCUCUGCAUCUGCUUACCAAAGAAUAGAAGUCUUGAGUGCUGCAUCCUUUUGAGUGCCUGCCAUACUAACACCCAUUAACUGAUAGUUACCUCUUCAAUUCUGUGAACAGAUUUUUUCUUGUAUCUAUUUUUGGCUCCUUUCCCCUAAUAAGUGAACUCUUGCUUUUCUCUGAGGUCCAGUGCCGAGGGCCUUCUGGCGGUUCCCUCGCUACGAGAAGCUAAGUUACAGGGAACCAGGUAGAGGGCCUUCUCGGUGGUGGCACCCACCCUGUGGAAUGCCCUCCCACCAGAGGUCAAAGAAAACGACAAUUACCAGACCUUUAGAAGGCAUCUUAAGGCAGCCCUGUUUAGGGAAGCUUUUAAUGUUUGAUGGAUUUUUGUAUUUUGAUGUUUUGUUGGAAGCCGCCCAGAGUGGCUGGGGGAACCCGGCCAGAUGGGUGGGGUAUAAAUAAUAUUAUUAUUAUUAUUAUUAUUAUUAUUAUUAUUAUUAUUAUUAUUAUUAUUAUUCUCUCUUUCUUCCUUUCAGCUGGCUUUGUUUAUUUGUGUCCUGUUUGUUUUAUAAAAAUAUUGGGAAAACGACAAUAAACUUAAAUUCUAAAACGUUAAUUUCUGUUGGUCUCCUGUUUAAGUUUUUCUUAGAGAUUGUGGCUGCUCAACUAACCAUUUUAACCUUCUCUAAUACAUUCAGUAGGCAGGAACAUUCAUAUUGCUACUAUGCAGCUGAUAUCCAACAUUUUAGACAACUAUGUUUGUAAAAUGCCUGCUUAAAUAUUGCUAAUUUUAAAUUGGUUAACAUUUAUCAAGCUAGCAGAAAGCCAGCUCCAUCUACUACAUGGAAAUUAAGAACAGUUUAUAGUUGAGUCACAUGUCUUUGAAUGUAGUGGAAUGCCUUUGAGUCAUUAUCAUGCAUGUUCCUGCAUUUGCAAUCUCAGCAACCUCUGUACAUACAUAUCUGACUGGUUUAUAAUUAACACAGCAACUCAUUGUGUAUUAUGCAUUCUAAGUGAAUAAAAUGAUUUUAUUGUGAGUAGAAUUGUGGGUGCCAAGGGGUAAGGAACAGCCCUUUAACUGGGAAGAACAACAGACCUAAGGAAUUCUUACAGUAUUGUAGUUUUGGAUCAAUCUGUCUAACAGUAUAGGGGAAUGGAAUGGAAUGUGUUUUUUGUCAGAUGUAGGUAUUUGGGGGAAUUUUAUUUAAGGGCUUUUAUGCCACCAUUUCAUAAAAUAUAUCGGGCAGUCUACACUCUAAAACAUAGAAAAUCAUUCAGAAAUUAAAAUACAUAUGCAGAUAAUCAUUCAGGCAACAGACUAAUAAAAAAUUAAACAACUGGGAGAACAAAACAUCUCUGUUGGAAGAGUGUUCCAUGGACUAGCAACACUAAAUGCCCAACUUCAAAUUGUAGUCAGUCAGUCCUUUGUAACAUUGGGGACAAUUAACAGUGCUCCUCCAGAUGAUUUCAAUGGUUCUGAAGGUACACUGGACCCAGUUCUUUAAGGGCUUUGUACAGGCAACUCUUGACGUGUGUGGGGGUUACAUUCCAGGGAUAGCACAUAAAGCCUAAAUCACAUGCAACUCAAAGAUUUUCACCAGUUCCUAGAAAAGCGUGAAAACUAAAUAUUUUUAACACCUUCCUCUUUCCUUUCAACUUGGUUUUAUUUCCUCAAACCCCAAAACAUUGGGGCAGAGCAUUGGACUAGAAUAUUUUCCAUUUUCCUUUCAAACCAUUAUAUCUUACUUUGAUUGGGGGAGGGGAACAUCCCUGUAUUGUACCAGAACGUGUUUCUGUGCUUGCACAGUGUAAAAUCCAUUUACCACUAAAAUAUGUGAAGGUGGUAUCCACAUGUCCUGUGGCAUGAUGUUUCAUAAGCUUCCUGCAGCUCUAACUAUUCCAUUCUUCUCAGAUAGGAUCCCUUUCAUAUACUGCUCUUUAAAAGAUUGCCACCUUAUGGGUUUUUUGUUGUCGUUAAUGACUGGGAGUGGAACCAAGUUACAGAGUCGUCAUUUACAUGCUGUGCAAUACAGAAUGGAGCAUUUCAGACACGGCACAGCACUGAUCCUGGAUUUCAGCUUUUUCUUAAUUCUGUAAUUAAGGUUACAAAGACCUGCACUUUAGUAGCAAUAGUACUAUAUAUAUGAAUCUGAUCAAAUCAGGCUGCAGUUUCCCUUGCCCCACUGGGUGACAGGGCAAUGCAAUGGUAGAUGAGAAAACUGUGUAAGCACAUUGUAACAAAAGUCCAAACUAAAUAAAACACAAGUUUAUAGAAUUACACAUGGUUUGAAGGAAGUAGAUAGAGAAAAGUUUUUCUCAUUACAGUUGGAGGCAGUAAUGUUUCUGAAUACCAAUUGCUGGAAACCACCGGAGGGGAGAAUCCUGCUUGCAGGUUUCCCACAGGCAUCCAGUUGGCUGCUGUGAGAACAUAAUGCCAUUGGCCUAAUCCAGCAGGCUCUUCUUACGUUCUUAUACCAUGCCUCAUAUUUUAUCUAACCCCCCCCAUCAUGAUAAGCAAGCUCUCUGUGGGUUAUUUGGGGAUUGUUGUGUUUUGCUGAAACUGUCUAAACUAGUUUUAAAGUAUCUACCAGAAUGCAUUGAGCAGAAUUGUGUGUGCUGUGUCCAACCAUUUUGAUUGGGUAUUAGCAGAGGAACCCUAUGUGUUUGUUAAAGGUGCCAUGCAGAUACUCCCCUGAAUAUGCACAAAGCAGUGGCAAGGCCGCUGCUGAGAUCCUGUUUUCCUCUCUAUAUGUAUUUGUUGACCCUGGAUAUAUAAUUAGAAUAGAGCUUUCUGUCUUGGCUUAUUGUUCCCUUGUUGUAAAGAAAGGACUUGUCAACAAAUCUUUCUUUAGGAAUUAAAUUUGGCCGGUUUGACCCAUUUGAGCCUAAUCUGUUGUCCUUGUAAUUCAGAGGUCUUGCUUGGGAUAAAAUAACUGAAACCUGAGUAGUCAACAAGUGUGUGGGAGGAGCUGUGGAAUAGAGCAGUUUGAGAGGCAAGUCUACAGCCAAGCAAGCUGCUUUUAUAAAAAGUGUCUGAGCAGUAGCCUGAUGUACUAAGAGGAACUGUGCUUCAGGAGAAAUUGAGAUUGCAUUGAUUCUGUCAACCUUGGGAAUACUAGUUUUUGGGUUGUAAAACAGUUUGCCAUUCUUGUAAUAUACAGUUUUUUUUGUGUUUUGGAUUUCCAUUCGGGUGAGUUGAAGACACAUCUCUAAAGAGCAUCUAACUCAUGAAGGCAGAAGGUCCACACCGACGUAGGUUUUCUUCAUGUGCUGGAGUUUCGCUGCCUCCACGGGCUGAUGGUCGGAAACUUGUCCGGAAUGCUUCAUUCGGAGGAUACAAUGCACUUUCACCAGUCUUCCGAGGUUUUGACAGAGGGAAGGAUGAUGCAUCACAAAGUAAAGAUGAUUCUACACAAUCAAUGUCAAAAAGCAAGUCAGAAUCUAAGCUUUAUAAUGGCUCUGAGAAGGACAUCACCGCAUCCUCCCCCAGCUCCUCUACUACCAAGCUCACAAAGAAGGAGUCUCUUAAGGUUCAAAAGAAAAAUUACAGGGAAGAGAAGAAAAGAGCCACAAAAGAACUACUUAGCACAAUCACAGACCCAUCAGUCAUUGUUAUGGCUGACUGGCUGAAGAUUCGAGGUACACUGAAAAGCUGGACCAAACUUUGGUGUGUGUUGAAACCUGGAGUACUGCUUAUUUACAAAACUCCUAAAAAUGGCCAGUGGGUGGGAACAGUACUUCUGAACGCUUGUGAACUCAUUGAGCGGCCUUCAAAAAAGGAUGGAUUUUGUUUCAAACUUUUCCAUCCUUUGGAGCAAUCCAUCUGGGCUGUUAAGGGUCCUAAAGGUGAAGCUGUUGGAUCCAUAACACAACCGUUACCCAGCAGCUACUUGAUCAUCCGAGCAGCUUCAGAAUCAGAUGGUAGGUGUUGGAUGGAUGCAUUGGAGCUGGCUUUGAAGUGUUCAGGUUUGCUCAAGCGCACAAUGAUAAGAGAAGGUAAAGAGCAUGAAGUGACCUUAACAGAUGGUGCACAUGUGUCUUUCUAUGGUCUGCUACGUGCAAACAACGUGCAUAGUAGUGAAAGCUUCCCGCUAAAUGAUAGUGAAAUUGAAAGGCAUCACUUCAAAGAUCCAGAUAUGUAUUCUGAUAAAUCAGAUAGGGAAAAUGAUCAUGAUCGCGAUGAAUCGGAUAAUGAUGGCUUGGGAGAAAGUGACACUGACACAUCUGAGCGGCAGGAUGACUCAUACAUUGACCCUGAACCUGAUCAUAUCAAGGAAACAACGUAUUUGGAAGAAGUUCACGAAGAGCUUGGAGAGGCAGGAGAAGCUUCCCAAACAGAAACAGUAUCAGAAGAGAACAAAAGCUUGAUAUGGACAUUACUAAAACAAGUACGCCCAGGAAUGGACCUUUCCAAGGUGGUGUUGCCCACGUUUAUUUUGGAAACUCGUUCUUUCUUGGAUAAACUCUCUGAUUACUACUAUCAUGCAGACUUCUUAUCUGAAGCUGCCCUUGAAGAGAAUGCUUACAAUCGUAUGAAACAAGUUGUGAAAUGGUAUUUGUCAGGAUUCUACAAAAAGCCAAAGGGACUUAAAAAACCCUACAACCCCAUCCUCGGUGAGACCUUCCGUUGCUUGUGGGUUCAUCCAAGAACAAAUAGCAAGACAUAUUAUAUAGCUGAACAGGUAUCUCAUCAUCCUCCAAUAUCUGCCUUCUAUGUAAGCAAUCGAAAGGAUGGAUUUUGCCUUAGUGGUAAUAUCUUGGCCAAAUCCAAAUUUUACGGAAAUUCAUUAUCUGCCAUUCUGGAUGGUGAAGGACGACUGCUGUUCCUAAACAGAGGAGAGGAAUAUGUAAUGACCAUGCCAUAUGCACAUUGUAAAGGAAUUCUGUAUGGCACAAUGACCUUAGAGCUUGGAGGAACUGUUAGCAUCACAUGUGAGAAAACUGGAUACAGUGCAGCACUUGAAUUCAAGCUAAAGCCAUUUUUGGGCAGCAAUGACAGUGUUAAUCAGAUAAUGGGGAAAAUUAAACUGGGAAAAGAAGUGCUAGCUACUCUGGAAGGCCACUGGGACAGUGAAGUUAUUAUUAGGGACAAAAAGACAGAUGUUUCAGAGACAUUCUGGAAUCCAACACCCGAGAUCCGACAGCGCAGAUUAAGAAGAUACACAGUGAAGUUUGAUGAGCAAGGUGACUUUGAGUCAGAGAAACUUUGGCAACAUGUGACCCGAGCUAUAAAUAGCAAAGACCAAUCAGAAGCAACUCAGGAGAAAUGUAUUCUUGAAGAAGCACAGAGAAAGGCUGCCAAAGAAAGGAAACUUGCAGAUGAAGAGUGGAUAUGCAAACUGUUUGAGCCAGAUCCACUCACAGGGGAAUGGAACUACAGAUUUGCAGACACAAGACCUUGGGAUCCACUGAAUGAUAUGAUACAGUUUGAAAAAGAUUGUGCUAUCCAAACAAAAGUCAGACAUCGGACACCAAUGGUUAGUGUUGCAAAAAUAAAGAGGUCUGCAAAAUCGAAGAAGGGGGAGAGUGGCUUCUCAUCGCCAGAACCUGAUAAUCAGGACUCCUCUGGUAGUGAAGGGCAACACAAACACAGUGCAAGAAUUCGAAAGAAGACGCUAGACCUUGGUGAACUGCAAAGUGCCAUUGAUUCUAUAAGAGAGACACAAGAAGACAUUAGAAGGGACAUCACAGCUCUAAGAACCAGAAUGACUUCAAGCUCACAGACUCCAGAUAAUAACUUCUUUAACUUCAAGCACUAUGUCUUCAUUUUACUGAUGAUUCUCUUGCAGCUUGCAAUCAAUUACUGGUUUAAAUAGAAUGACUGGACAGAUGAAUAUAUGAAGUGGAAAUAUCAUGUUCUUCGUGGGACCAUAUUUUCAUCUUGGUUUGGCGACAAAUAAGGCAAUAUUAUCUAAAACACGGGGACACAGAAGAUUUAAGUCUUGGCCUUAAAAGGCUGUGCUCACAUGGAGCAAUGUCCGUUAUAUUCCGUCCUAUCCAGAUGACAUGGACAAUGCUUACAUACCAGUACCUUUCUCUUUGCAUCUUUAAAAUGCUGGAUAACUGCCUUCCAUAUUCUAAAGUGUUGUAGACUGCUCUGAUAAAUACCAGUACAGAAUAUAGCAGUCUGGGAAUUCAAAAACACAUAUCUUUUUUCACUGUAAUCAUAUAAUCUUCAGUGGUCAUAUUAACAAAACAAGUGAAUUCUAACCUAAAACGUCUUCAGAGUUUAGUGGGAAUUAUGGUCUUCAUACAUUCAUUAGGAAAAUUAUAUCCAGUGAUACUCAUUUGGAAACUUAAUAGUGGGAAAAAGAUUAAACUACUCAGUUGUUCAUUGCCAUUAAAAGAUGUUUACGCAGUUAGUCCAACAUUUCAUUAAUCGCACAUUUCUGUGAUUGUUAAUUAUCUGCUGUUUUCCUUAGUUUAUGAAAAUGGAAUUCCAUUGAUCGCAUUAGUGAAUUUAGGAGAAAUACCAUUACAGCAGUCCAAAGAGAGAGCUUUGUGUGCUCAACAGCAUUUAAUUCAUAUCUUCCCAAACAGCAUUGUCUGUUGGCAAAUUUCAAGGUGCUGUAUAUUAUACAGUGAACAGUUUCAGAAACUCAUUAUGUUGAGGUGCAGACAGUGGAAGCCAUGGUUACUGUUGGGGUAGAAAAACGGUUCUGUUGGAUACCAGAAAAGACUUUCUAGGGUAAUGAAGCACCAGCAUGGUUUUCAACAAACAUUGGGUUUAAUGGAGCCAUUUGAGCCAUCUGAAUGUAAUUGUGUCUGAACAGUUAUGCUAUAAUAUACAGUCUUUGCUAGCAACCUCAGAGUUUCAAUAAUAAAUCCCUGGAGCCAGGUAAUUCCCACACAGUGCUGUUUAUAAACAUUUGCCUAGAUCCUUGCGCUCACUGUAAAUGAAAAGACCCAGUCUUCAAGUCUUACUGGAUUCUUUCAAAUAAAUUUCCAAAAGACAAAUCUGUUCAAAACCAAUUUUUAGUCCUGCUAUUCUGCUUGUUUAUAUGACCUAUAUAGGAUGGAGAACCUAUGGCCCUCCAGAUGUUGUUGGACUCUUAACUCCCAUCAUUUCUGGCUGUAAAAGUGAAGAGUUCGGAGUCCAGAAAUAUUUGGACAGGCUUCUCAUCCUGGUCUUUCCUGUCUUUCAGGUCUUUCCCUUUUGUUCUGCCUUGUGGACUUUUUGCCAAAUCCAAAUUUAAAAUAUCAUCUUUAAAUACGCAUCAAAUAGUGCACCUUUAACACACAAUUCCAUAACAGUGUAUUAACAGGUUUCUAUUGCUGCAAAUCAAAAGUUAAGAUUUAAUGUGGUUGUAGCAGAUGGUUUAGUCUGCAUAGCUGGAUGCUUUACAGAUUGCCUGGGAUGCUGUCAUAGUCACAAAUACAAGUUGGUAAAAGAUCUCCGGUGACAGUAGCACGACCAAAUAUUUUUGCUGAGGUUGAUGAUCUAUAUGUAUUAGUGAGCAUUUGGGACAACCAGCUGUUCAUACACUGCAAUACCCAGUGGUCAACACUGUUAUGUUAACUUGCUUUCACUGGACUUCGGCCCCUGUCUGCUUAAUGUGCAUACCUAAUAUAUUCCACGCCUGCCUGCUUGCUCAUAUGUUCUGUUCGUGCAUUUCUUUUGUAGAGCUGGAAAUUGUAUUCAAUUGCUUUAUUCUUUGGAGCAUUUCUUUAUUUAUUUGCUUUUAAGAAAACUUUCUGUGGCAAAGUUACAUCACAAGAGUCCUGUCUUCUCCUGUCUCAAAUAUAAAAAGCACAGCUCUUAAAAUUUAAAUUCCUGCUUUGCUCCUUUACAGAAUUCCUUGGGUGAGCAAAACAAAGGAAUUUAUUGCCUGAUUAAUUUUUUUAUACAAUGUGGUUGAUUAUAGGCCUAGUUUGUUCGUAUAUAAUAUUUAGCUAUGUGUAUAUGACCUUAAAUUCCUUCAGACCGACUGUUUUCUGCACAUAGUUAUAAAAACCCUGAUUGUACAGUUUGUAGAACUCUGAAGGCAAUGACGUCCCUGUUAAUUUUUAGUAUUUAAAGCAGAGCACUUGAUUUCUCACUUGAUUGUGUAUAUUUUAUGUACAGAAGUAGAAAAUAUUCAGAAUUGCUUGUUACUGCCAUAUUUAUGGCUGUUUGUUUAAAAGAAAUGCACUAUAAGCCUUUAAUAUGCCAUGUAACCAUUCACAUACCUAAAAAGAAACUAAAUGUGUUGGGUGUAAGUAGUAAAUAGAGUUCUGGCAAUACACAAAAACUUGUAACUCACGUGUUAGGUUAGUUUUUAGCUAUUAAGCAUCCCUUAUAGGAGUACAGCAUGCUUCCUUUUCAUGAAAAGUUCAUUCUAACAGCUAACCUGUGUGUAUCAAAGGAUGUUACAGUUCACUGCCCUCCUGUGCCUUUGAGGAAAAACUUCUUGCCAAUUCAAUGUUAAUGAAAUGGAAUGAGAGUUAAAUACAUUCAUCUCAUCUACCACGAUGGUAGUUACUUGCUUUAACAACUCUUCAUGGUUUUUAUCCUAUUGUAAAUAGAAUACUUAACUGCUAAACUCUUGUGACUGCUAUGUUUCUACUGUAUCCUCAAUUUUUGGGCAUCUUUUGAGAGCAGGCCAUCAGAAACUUGAGUAUUGUAAUAGUGCCUUGAUGGAAAUUCAAACAGAGAUGAGGUGUGUUUAUGAUAACAAUGUUGUCAAGGUUGUGCCAUAUCUAUUCAUUAAACUUGGAAGUUGCUAUAUUUCCAAUAUUAACUUUCAGACAAACAAUUUGAAAAAGAUAUGGCACAUUUAUUGAAGAACACAUCAGAUUUUUUUUUCUUUGAAUAACUAGUAAUGACUAGGACCCAACAAGACCUCCAUAUUUUGGAGUGUGUCUUCUUGUACAAUGAAGCUGCAAUGCUUUGUUUGUGAUACUACAAAAAUAGCCAUAAUAAAAAUCAUAACAUCACAGACAGAUUAUUUUGGCUUCACUUUGGUUUUCAUGGGUCAAAACAUUCUGAGAAAACAAACUUUUGUGAACAAAAGUGUGUGUGGGAUGUGAGGAGGAAAAUUACUAAGAAUUGAAAGAAAAUUCGGUAUCCAGUUCUUGAUGGAGCUUGUGGAAAAGAACACUUCUAAUCAAAUAGCUUCCUUGUGUGAACCAAAAAUCACUUUUAGUGGAUUUAAACUUUGGCUCAAAUCUGGAAAGCACUUUUAAAUAUAAAGCCUUCUGCUAUUCUUGAACUCUUGUUCACAUUCUUUAGUUUUUGAGCUUCACACAGUUCCCACCACAUUUUUUUUUUACUUUAACACAUUGCUUGGAUUUUUAUACUGUUACACUUUUUUAACUGAAAAUGGGCUGUUUUACUAAAGCUGUACAGACCAGUGGUUAAUCCAGUGCAUACAAUAUAUGUAAGGAAAAGUAAGAAGUUAUGUCAGACAAUGUGAAUGUUAAUGCACAUAUUUUAUAUAUAGAGAGAAGAAAACCCUAUUCAUGAAAGUUUUUUGUUUCUACAUAUCAUGUAAAGUAGCAUUAUUAUUGCACUGUUUUCUUUUUUAAAAAAAUCAUGCUGCAUGCAGUGUGAUAAGAGAAGCAAGUAAUUCCUUUGAAAGAAGUGGAAAUUGUGUGUUGCAUGCUUAAAUGUACAGCUGAGUUCCAACUUGUUUAAAAGGCCAUUUGUAAAUUUAAAGCUCUACCAUUGGUCAAUAGUUUUGUACACUUGAAGAAAUAAAAUAAAGAGCUGUGAUCAAGAA